UUAUCGUACCGGGUCAAUUGGGAUUUAUAGAGUUAUCUGUUGUGGCUUUGACUUCUUGCGAGAGAUAUCCAGCAGUAUAUACUUAAAGGUGCAAUUAGAAGUGCUACUAUAUUUCUCCAGCACUCCAAGGACGACCAUCCUUUAGUCUACGAAAUAAUUUCAACGCAUAUUGUUAUCAAAGCAUAAAAUACAAUACACCUUUAAAGUCAAUUCCAAUUCAACGAAGGUCAAUAUACAUGAGUACCUCGGUACCUGGUGUAUAGCAGCUUCCAACUAUAGUAGGUAUGUAAGUGUGGUUUACACUAGAGCUGUGUCACCGUGGGGCAUCAAAAGGCCCCCACCUCGAAAUUGUCAGGAAGGCGGCUAGCUCGUGAUAUCUUCCGUCAUCUCAGACUCCACAAAGUCUCGAGCAAAUCCAAAAUUCUUACUCAUACGUUGAACUACCUGACCUUUUUGAUAUUUCUGAGACGAACCUUGGAACUACGAGGCUUCCUUUAGGCGAAGAGGCUAUUACCGAGGAUAGGCAAAUCUUUGAUUCGAAAAGGAUAGACCGCCUUAAAUAAGCUCUUUGCCAAGGACAGGAUUCUCCGGUAUAGCCCCCCUGCAGCAUCAUAGGUUUUAUACAGACAUGGCGCAAACGAUCAACAGUUCCGCGCACGUCGGUCCGUCGCCUGUUGGAACCAAGCCGUUCGUAUCGAAAUGGUCUUCCCGAUAUAGAGGUGCUACAGUACAAGAUCUCGAGCCCCCCGAAGCUCUCUCGCUAAACCCCUCGGACCCCGUCUCGCUCGCUUUAAUAUCCGCCUUCGAGCGCGACUACACGCACCUGACGAUCGUAGACUCGGAGACGCGCGCGCUGCUAGGCUACGUCGCCAUACCGGUGUUGCAGGCACAGCUCGACACGGGCAAGGUCAAGCCCGAGGACCCCAUCUCCAAAGCCAUGGCGCACUUCGAGCGCAAAGGCAAGAAGUACAAGGUCAUCACCAUGGCCACGCCGCUAGAGGAGCUCGAGGCGUUCUUCGAGGGCGGCGCUUCCGGCACCGGCCAGAAGCAGGAGUUUGCUGUCGUGACCGACGAGGGUAGGCGAUUCGUCCUCGGCGUUGCCACGCGGAGCGAUCUGGAGGAGUUCGUUAAGCGGAGACCGGCGUGAUGGAUGAGAUGAGCGAGUGGAUGUAGCGCCUAGGAGUUAAUCGGUAUGAUCCAGACGGGGUUUGAUAUCAGGAGGGCAUGGUAAAUAACGGGUCAAGAUCGGGCAAUUAAGGGAAAGGCGCUACAGGAAGAAGGUGCUUUAUCACACCGGGCUCGAGAUUGUUACGGAGCAUUCCUUGCAUGGAGGGAUUCAACACCUCGGGCUGGUUUAUGCUAUAAGGGCCCCCCGUUCAACAAGACAUGGAGGCUACGCUCGAGCAGAGACGAAGUCGCAAAUUGUAUGUAUGUAAUGUGCUUCAGAUUGCGAACCAGCAUUGGAUGAUUACGCCGUAAUAUAGACAAUUCGUAUUUAUCCCCUUAAAUAUCGCUCGUUCGAGCAACUCCCCCAGCUCACGGCUAGCUAGCUAGAUGGGGAGUUGCUUCAACACCAGAGAAAACUCGCUCU